AACACAACUUCUAGAGAGAGAAAGGACAGUUUUUUAGUUUUAGUUUUAGUUUUAGAAAGAUAAUAAAGACAGAAACAACCGAACCAAGACUCUACUCUCUCUCUCUCUCCCUCACACACAUGACACAACACACUCUCUCCAAUUUCACACUCCACUAACCAGUGAAGGACAACAAAACAAUAAAGAAAAGAGAACCCCUUCACGCAUUGUCGACAACGUUGCCAUGAACAACUACUCCUUCCUUCAAUCCAAGCAAUGAAUUCCACUCCCACAGAAUAAAACUACUACUUCUCAACGCUUUCUGCUUUUUAUUUUUUCAGAGUGUUCACACCCGCAAGCUUUGGAAUUUUCAGGGGGCUUCAUUUGAUUUCAGCUCCAAUCGCAAACCCACCAGCGGUUUUGCUUUUCUCCAUGGAUUCUUGAAUGUGGUUUUCGUGUAUGGUAGGAUUCCCUGCUGCUUUCUUUUCCACCGCUUACCUACUUUUCUCCGUAAAUUUGUGCUGGAUUUAGUGGGAAAAGAGGCCUCCUUCUCUUAUGCUUCUGAUAUCAUCAAUCUUAUCCCAUGCAUUGUACAAGGUGUGAGGUGUUGAUAUCUUACAGCCUAAAAGGUUUGAUCGAACUUGCGUGUCUCUUUGAUAGUUGUUAGUUAUUGCCUUUUGCCACCGUCUCAACAUCUAUAAGAUUUUUAGUGUUGGUGUUACAUGGAAUCCAUGUUUCAAGAAGAAGGGUCAUCUUCUGUAACUUCUUCUUCAUCUCUUCAGUUCUUUUCCAUGAUGUCUCUCUCACUUUCACCUAGCUUAGGAUCAUCUCCCUAUCAAAUGAAAUGCGAGGAAAGGGGUUUGGUAUUGAUCCAUUUGUUGCUCGCUGGUGCUAAUUUUGUAGCCACCGGUGAUUUACAAAAUGCAAACCUCACACUUGAGCAGAUUUCCCAGCAUGCCUCUCUUGAUGGGGAUACUAUGCAGCGAAUUGCUUCAUAUUUUUCUGAAGCACUCGCUGAUCGGAUACUUAGAACAUGGCCCGGCAUCCAUAGGGCCCUCAAUUCCAACAGAAUACCUAUGGUUUCUGAUGAAAUUCUUGUUCAAAAGCUCUUCUUUGAGCUUUUACCCUUCCUGAAGUUCUCAUAUAUUCUGACAAAUCAAGCUAUUGUUGAAGCCAUGGAAGGGGAGAAAAUGGUGCAUGUAAUUGAUCUCAAUGCGGCUGGGCCGGCGCAGUGGAUUGCUCUCCUCCAAGUUUUGAGUGCACGUUCUGAAGGCCCUCCACAUUUGAAAAUCACCGGGGUCCAUCACCAGAAAGAGGUUCUGGAUCAGAUGGCUCAUAAACUCACUGAGGAGGCAGAAAAGUUGGAUAUCCCAUUCCAAUUCAACCCUGUGCUCAGCAAGUUGGAAAAUCUUGAUUUCGAAAAACUUGGGGUUAAAACUGGGGAGGCACUAGCAAUAAGUUCUAUUAUGCAGUUGCACUCCCUUUUGGCCUUGGAUGACGAUGCCUCUCGGAGAAAAUUGCCUCUUUUGUCGAAAAACUCAAAUGCAAUUCACCUGCAGAAAGGUCUCCUAACAAACCAGAACACAUUGGGAGAUUUGCUUGACGGCUAUAGCCCGAGUCCCGAUUCAGCCUCAGCUUCUGCCUCAUCCUCGCCAGCGUCCUCAUCGGCUUCGAUGAAUUCGGAGAGCUUUCUUAAUGCCUUGUGGGGUUUAUCCCCAAAAGUAAUGGUUGUAACUGAACAAGACUUUAAUCACAACUGUUUGACCAUGAUGGAGAGGCUGGCAGAAGCUCUAUUUUCUUAUGCUGCAUAUUUUGAUUGUUUGGAGUCCACGGUCUCAAGAGCUUCCUUGGACAGAAUAAAACUUGAGAAGAUGCUUUUUGGUGAGGAGAUAAAGAACAUCAUAGCUUGUGAAGGAUGUGAAAGAAAAAAAAGGCACGAAAGGAUGGAUAGGUGGAUCCAAAGACUUGACUUUUCUGGCUUUGCAAACGUGCCUAUUAGCUAUUAUGGGAUGCUGCAGGGAAGGAGGUUCUUGCAGACCUAUGGCUGUGAGGGUUACAAGAUGAAGGAGGAAUGUGGUCGGGUUAUGAUGUGCUGGCAGGAGCGACCCUUGUUUUUCAUAACAGCUUGGACACCAAGGAAAUAAGAUAGAUAGAUAGAUAGAUUAUUGAAGCAUCAUAAAGAAGGAAAUUAGUCAUGUAGUAAUGGAUAGAUUUUGUUUUCUUUUCUUUGUUUCUAAUUGUAUGAAAGAGUUUUACCAAUAUGGUAAUGACUAGUAAUGAAGAUCAAUUUAGGCAUACUUCUAUUUCCUUAUUUCCCUGUGAAAUUCUGUCAAGAGAGAAAUGGGAAGAUGGAAAGGUGUGAGGGAGUGAGAGUGAAACACUUAUUUCUGGUUGUGUUCACCAUUCCAUUGUUUAGUGUUAUGCUCAUUUUGUUUUUCACUAAUUCCUAUACUGUAACCUAUCUGUAUCUGUUGUGCAAGAGCUAAUCUAAGUUGUUUUUUAUAUUAGU